CACACGGCAUACAUCAAUAUUCUCCGGUCGUCUUCUCCGUCAACUCUCUUGACUUUGCUUAUGUAACCAGACAUUUCAUUCCUUAUGAACCACAACCACCACUCAUCAACAACAAUCACUCAAACUUCAAACACCACCAACCACCUUUACAAUGAAGAACAGGUAUGUACCCAUACCCCCUCUCUUCUUCUUCUUCUUCUUCUUCUUCUUCUUCUUCUUCAUCACUCUUCACUAUGCUUCUUGUCAGCUACCACCUUCUCAACUCACCACCAUGACCAACCUUCGUGAACUGCUUCAAACCAAAUGGAAUUCUUCUUCACAAGACUUACCAAACCCCUGUUCAUGGACAGGGGUUUUAUGCAACCAAAACAAUUCCGUUAUCACCGGCCUUUCCCUCUCGUCUUUCUCUCUGUUCACCAUCCAAGAUGCUUCUUCUUGGUCGUCUCUUGUUUGCGGGAUUGAAACGUUAGAAACGCUUGAUGUUUCCAACAAUCAGCUGGCGGUAAUCGCGCCUCCGUUGUUGCUGUCUUCUUGUGGUGGUGGUGGUUUGAAGGUUUUGAACUUUAGCUUCAACAUGUUGAGUGGUAACAUUCCCAGUUUUCAAAGCUCUUUAGAGGGUUUAGAUCUUUCUCAUAAUUCUUUACAUGGUGUUAUUCCUGAUCAAAUUACAGAAUUGGUUAAUCUUUCUGUUCUUGAUUUGAGUUACAAUCAACUUAACGGCCCAAUUCCUUCUGGUAUUGAUCAACUCUCAAAAUUGCAGCAGUUACUUUUGUCUGAAAAUAAUCUCAGUGGGUCAAUUCCUUCUGGUAUCGGUCAACUUUUAAAUUUGUGGCAGUUGAUUCUGUCUGUAAACAAUCUCACUGGUGAGAUUCCACCGUCUAUCGCGCAAAUCACUACUUUGAAACGUUUUUCUGCGAAUUAUAACGGUUUUACUGGUUCAAUCCCACUGGGAAUUACUAGGUAUCUUAGUAAUUUAGACCUGAGUUAUAAUAAGUUAACCGGGUCGGUCCCAAGUGACCUUCUAUCGCAGCCGAAUCUGCAGACUGUUGAUCUAUCUUUUAAUAACUUAAAGGGUACUUUACCUGUCAACGUGUCGAAAAGUCUAUUUAGGUUGAGGCUUGGUAGUAAUCGGUUAACUGGGGUGAUACCAUUGUGGUCAUUCGGGAAUGAUGACCCAUCAUUGGCUUAUUUAGAAGUUGGUAACAACAGCUUAACUGGGAUGAUCCCACCCGAGUUGAGAUUAUGCAAGAAUUUAUCGCUUUUGGACUUGUCACAUAACAAUCUAACAGGUUAUGUUCCUCGCGAGUUGGGUGAUCUUAACAAGUUGCAAGUUGUUCAACUUGAUCACAACAGUUUGUCUGGAGAGAUCCCCGAUGAAAUCAGUGAGUUACAGAUUCUUAAUAAGCUAAAUAUGAGUUGGAAUUCACUGAAUGGUUCAAUCCCACCAUCACUUUCGAAGUUGCAGAAGUUAAUGAAUCUUGAUUUACAAGCCAACUAUCUGACUGGUCAAAUUCCAGACUCAUUCGGGAACAUGAAUUCGCUGUUGGAGCUUCAACUCGGGAAGAACAGACUCAGCGGUGUUAUAAGGUCUCUGCCCCCUAACUUGCAGAUUUCUUUAAAUCUCAGUAGAAACAACUUUGAAGGGCCGAUACCCGCAUCUCUAUCCAGAUCGCAAUCACUCGAAAUCUUGGAUCUUUCAAACAACCGAUUCAAUGGUAGUAUUCCAAAUUUCUUGACUCAAAUGGGGAGCUUGACACAGAUACUACUUUCCAACAAUUUGCUUACAGGAUCGGUUCCUCGGUUUAGUGGAAAGGUUAAUGUUUCCACUGAGGGGAAUAUAAAUUUGUCAUAUCCGCCACCAACCUCCCCGUCUGUAGAUAGGAAGAAUAAUAACGCAGCGUCUGUGGGAAUUGUCGUGGCUUCUGCUGUGGCGGUUGUUACAUUUAUCAUACUUGUAGUUGCAGCGGUUAUAGUUUCCAGGAAGUUUCAUAGAGUCAACGAUGAUGAAACUCCCCAUUCGCCUCAGCUGGAGGUGAUCAAAAGCAAACUGUUGACUUUAAACGUGAUUCAUAGAACGAAUAUUGACUUCACCAAGGCGAUGGAGUGUGUGGGUCAACUCUCGAGUCUUGUUUUGAAGACAAAGUUCUCUACUUAUUACAAAGCGGCCAUGCCAUCGGGUAUGAGUUACUUUGUUAAGAAGGUUGACCCGAGUGCCAAAAUAUUCCAACUUGGUAGACAUGAUUUGAUUGAACAAGAGCUCGAGACUCUCGGGAGGUUGAGAAAUUCAAAUGUCAUGAUCCCGCUUGCAUACGCGUUGACUGUCGAUAGCGCGUAUCUUUUGUAUGAGUUCACUGACAAAGGAACUCUUUUUGAUGUUCUUCAUGGAAGCUUGAAAAAAUGUUUAGAUUGGACCAACCGGUACAGUAUCGCGUUAGGAGUUGCUAACGGGCUGGCUUUUCUCCAUGGGUGCCCCUCGGGCCCAAUCCUCCUCCUUGACCUUUCGAGUAAAGGCGUUAUGCUCAAGUCGUUGGAUGAGCCUCAGAUUGGAGAUAUAGAGCUUUCUAAAGUGAUUGAUCCUUCAAAGAGUACAGGAAACCUUUCUGAUGUUGCUGGUUCGGUUGGCUAUGUUCCUCCAGAAUAUGCUUACACAAUGAGGGUGACAAUGCCUGGAAAUGUAUACAGUUUUGGGGUGAUAUUGCUUGAACUCUUAACAGGGAAGACUGCGGUUAGUGAAGGAUCUGAAUUAGCCAAGUGGGCGUCUGCCAAGUCAAAAGAGAAACAUAAUGUUGACCAAAUACUUGACUCCACGAUCCGAUGGACGUCGCGAGUCGUUAAAGACCAGAUGUUAGCUGUCCUAAAGGUUGCUUUAGCAUGUGUCAAUGUCUCCCCUGAAGCAAGACCCGAUAUGAGGAAUGUGAUACGUAUGCUUCUUAACACGAGAAACUAAGGUUGAGCGUUGGUGUUUUCAGGAUUUUUCUUAUCAAAAUGAUAUCGGUUCGGUCUUGAUGCAAAGAAACCAUGCCAGAGUGACUUGUCGACGCCUUCUCAACCCACUCUCCAUUUCUCUAUAUAUCAUAGUUAAGACAAUAUGUACAUAUAUUUAUACGGUUCUUCCAGUUUUAUACUUCAAAUUAGUUUUGUAUUAAACGACCCUAUAUAUACUAUAUGUAAGUGUGUAUUGUAAACCUGGGUUUUUAGUCCUAGUACUUGAUAAAAAUAUACUGUUUUUAGACA